AUGACUUCCGCCAUCGCCCAAAACAUUCAUCUGCUCAAUUCCUCCCCAGCUUUAGUUUUGAACCCUGCUUCUUCUCCAGCUUCUUCAAACGAAACAAUCGAUACGAAAUCGCUUGUCAAUGGAAUCCCUUCCGAUUUUAAGUCGACUUUGCCUCCAAGAAAGCGAGCCAAAACUAAAGAAGAAAAAGAGCAAAGAAGAAUCGAAAGAAUCUUAAGAAACAGAAAAGCCGCUCAUCAAAGUAGAGAGAAAAAAAGAUUACAUCUGUUAUUCUUGGAGAAAAAAUGUGCUAUCUUGGAGAAAAUUCUAGCCAAAAUCGAUAAUCUAGAUACUUUUUUGGAAGCCGAUAAAGCUUUAUUGGCUGAUUUCCAGGCUUUAUCUGAAGAAGGUUUGCAAUUCCAGCCAUCCUCAAAUUCAGUAGGUACUUCUUCGCCGGUUGAUGAUGAACCAACUGAAAAGCUAAGCAAAUCUAUCUCAAGCGAGAAAAAAUCAACAACAAAGAAGGUUAAAAAACCAACCAAGUCAUCGAAUAAACAUAAGAUAAAAUUAGCCACAGUUGAAAGUAAUAUUUCUCCUCCUUCUACCAUAUUAUCUAGCAGUAACUCCGAUGGUAAUUCUCUAAGUGACACUGGUAUUUUCUUCAAAGAAGAAUACGAUUCUCCAAUGAUGCCAGAAGAAGAUAGCUUGACUUCCUUUACUAUAAACCGUGAGCGAUUAAAUACCUGGGAUUUACAGCUAACACGCUCUUACAGCAACAACGAGCACGGUACAUCUAGCAACAUUGGUAGUGUUCAUAAGCGUUUGGGCAGUCAUCAAAAUGACAAAUUAAAAUUCAUGACUAAAGAUGAUUUAGUUCUAUCCAAAGGUAACACUUUCAAAUCAUCAGAAACCAAUGACGAAUCUAUGGAUCAUCUAAUGAAUAACCGCCCAUCAGACUAUACGCCAACUCUAGCGAAUAAUUCAACUUUUAAGUUCAAAAAAAUUGAAUCUGAUGAUUUUUUCUUACUGAGCGAUGACUGUUCUAACAACAACUAUAAUGAUAUCGCUGAUUCCUUCGGUAAUGCCAAUAAAUCACCAUUUUUUAAUGAUUAUCAAAACACCGAUCAACAAGCUCUGUAUUUAUAA